AUGUUAAGUGUACAAUCUAAAGAGAAGAUUCGAAUAGCUUUAUACGUGCAAAAAGCAGCGCUGCAUUUCAUUGAUGCCGCUAGUCUAGCAGCAGAUAAGCGCCAGAUCCCCGAGGAGGUUAGGCAAGCUGGUUUCAGCAUUGAUCCAGAUGACCUUGCAUCAAUUGUUCGUUCACAUGAUCUCAAGCGAUUGGAAUCCCAUGGAGGAUUAGAAGAAUUAGCAAGAAAAUUAUCCGUUUCACUGGAAAAAGGAGUAUGCCCAAGUGAAAUUUCAAAUAGGCAAAGAAUCUAUGGCUUGAAUAAAUUUGUUGAGAAACCUUCAAGGCCCUUCUUUAUGUUUGUGUGGGAUACCCUACAAGAUCUUACGCUGAUUAUCUUAAUGGUUUGCGCUGUAAUCUCUGUAGGUGUUGGCAUUGCCACAAAAGGGUGGCCGAAAGGCAUGUAUGAUGGGCUUGGAAUAAUUCUGUGCAUUUUCUUAGUGGUGUUAGUCACUGCCAUUAGUGACUACAAGCAAUCUUUGCAAUUCAGGGACCUCAAUAAAGAAAAACGAAACAUACAAGUUCAUGUCACAAGAAAUAGGAACAGACAGAAAGUUUCUAUUUAUGAUUUGGUGGUAGGUGACAUUGUUCACCUGUCCAUAGGAGAUCAAGUUCCAGCAGAUGGGCUUUUUAUAUCAGGUUACAGCUUGUCAAUUGAUGAAUCGAGCUUGUCUGGAGAGAGUGGAACAGUGAAUAUAGAAAACAGGAGACCUUUUCUUCUGUCUGGUACGAAAGUACAAGAAGGAUCAGGUAAAAUGCUCGUGACUUCUGUUGGAAUGAGGACUGAAUGGGGACGGUUGAUGUUCACUCUAAGUGAAGGAGGAAAUGAUGAGACGCCAUUGCAGGUGAAACUAAAUGGAGUGGCGACUAUUAUUGGGAAAAUUGGUUUGGCUUUUGCUGUGCUGACAUUUUUGGUGCUCACUGCACGAUUUUUAGAAACGAAGCAUGGUGGGAUCACAAAAUGGACUAUGGAUGAUGCUCUUAGUCUUCUGAAUUUCUUUGCAAUUGCAGUAACUAUACUUGUAGUUGCUGUACCGGAAGGGCUGCCAUUGGCAGUAACGUUAAGUCUUGCCUUUGCAAUGAAGAAAUUAAUGAAAGGUAGGGCGUUAGUGAGGCAUCUUUCUGCUUGUGAGACUAUGGGUUCGGUGAGUUCCAUAUGCACGGAUAAAACAGGCACAUUGACUACAAAUCACAUGGAGGUGACACAAAUUUGGAUAUGUGGAGAAGCUAAAACCGUAGAAAGUAACAGGCUGGGAAAUGCAUUGAAGUCUUCUAUACCAGAAAAAGUAAUGAAAGCUCUUGUUCUUGGCAUAUUUCUAAACACAAACUCUGAACUGGUGAAAGGUCAAGACGGGAAGACUGAAAUAUUAGGUUCUCCAACUGAGACAGCUUUGCUGGAGUUCGCCUUGCUAUUUCAGAUGGACUUGGAUGCUGAAAAACAGGAGUGCAAAACAAUAAAAGUCGAUCCUUUUAAUUCAGUAAAGAAAAAUAUGUCGGUGCUGGUGGCUCUUCGAGGUGGUGGGCUUCGAGCUUUUGUUAAAGGUGCAUCAGAAAUUAUACUUGGCAUGUGUGACAAAAUUGUUGGGAAGGAUGGGGAAUCAGUAUCUUUAUCUGAUGAGCAAAGAAAGAACAUUGCGAAUGUCAUUGAUGGUUUUGCAUGCAAAGCUCUCAGAACACUUUGUUUAGCUUUUAAGGAUAUAGAAAACAUCUCUGAUGAAUCUAUUCCUGAUAACAACUAUACGCUUAUAGCAGUAGUUGGAAUUAAGGAUCCAGUUCGACCUGGUGUAAAAGAAGCUGUCCAGACUUGUAUAGCUGCUGGAAUUACUGUGCGAAUGGUAACCGGAGAUAACAUAAAUACUGCCAAGGCCAUAGCUAAAGAAUGUGGCAUCUUGACUGAUGAUGGUAUAGCCAUAGAAGGGCCAGAUUUUCGCAAUAAAAGUACCCAAGAAAUGAAGGAGAUAAUACCAAAACUGCAGGUUAUGGCGAGAUCGUUGCCUUCGGACAAGCACAAAUUAGUAACUAUGUUGAGGAAAGAAUUGAAGGAAGUGGUGGCCGUGACUGGUGAUGGAACUAAUGAUGCUCCUGCUCUUCACGAGGCAGAUAUUGGACUUGCUAUGGGUAUAGCAGGAACCGAGGUUGCUAAAGAAAGCGCAGAUGUGGUGAUAAUGGAUGAUAAUUUUAAGACCAUAGUGAAUGUUGCUAAAUGGGGUCGUUCAGUUUACAUCAACAUUCAAAAGUUUUUACAGUUUCAGCUGACUGUAAAUGUCGUUGCUCUCAUAACAAAUUUUGUUUCUGCAUGCGUCUCAGGUUCUGCGCCCCUCACCGCUGUGCAGUUGCUAUGGGUGAACAUGAUAAUGGACACUUUCGGUGCAUUAGCUCUAGCUACUGAACCUCCACAUGAUGGAUUGAUGAAGAGACCACCUGUUGGGAGGAAUGCUCAUUUCAUUACAAGGGUUAUGUGGAGAAAUAUUAUUGGCCAGAGUUUGUACCAAUUGGCCACUCUUGGGAUACUCUCAUUUGAAGGGAAGCGGCUUUUGAAGCUGAAUGGUGCAGAUUCUACUUCUACUCUUAAUACCUUGAUAUUCAAUACCUUCGUGUUUUGCCAGGUUUUUAACGAAAUAAGCAGCCGUGACAUGGAGAAAAUAAAUGUUUUCCAGGGCAUGUUCAGCAGCUCUCUUUUCAUGAUCAUCAUGGUCUCCACUGUUGCUUUCCAAGUAGUUAUAGUAGAAUUUUUAGGAACAUUUGCAGAUACAGUGCCACUGAGUCUUGAGUUGUGGGGGGUUAGCAUAUUGAUUGGAGCUGACCGGACCUCGCAUAAAACAAUGAGUUCAAUGCCAAGAAAAAGAUGA